AUGUCUAACUCUUACUCCACGAUCCCCGCCGCCGUCGAGUCGCCGCUCAACGACAAGCCCAAGCCGCAGGGCAAGCUGGUCGCGUCCGUCGCCGCCAUCUGCCUCCUCUCCGCGGUCGUCGGCAGCGCCGCGCCGUCCGUCGCCUCCAAGGCCUACAACCUCGCGACGGUCAGCCCCGAAAAAGUUCAGUUCAAGCUCGCCUAUAGUCCGCAGUGGUGCCUGGGCGUCCACAACCACAAGAAGUACGCCGCGGGGUCCCCUCUCGUCCUAUACACGUGCAUGGGCGAGGGCAACACCCAGGGCCAGGAAUUCACGUACGAGGUCAAGAACGAUAAAGCGCGCAUCAUGUACAAGAACCUCUGCGCCUCGAACUGGGGUGCCUAUCCCGAUUCGGCCAACAAGCGCGUCGUGCUCAAGACGUGUGACUGGAACGACCCCGAACAGGACAUCAUGUGGUAUAAGGGCAUGGACUCGAACCUCAAGAUGGCGUCGCUGAAGGGCGACCUGUGCGUCGACGCCACGGCCCUCCGCAAAGAAUCGUCGAUCACGGGGCAGAAGUGCAUCAAGUCCCGUCAGCAGAAGUGGAAGAUCCAGAAGCUCUGA